UCCGGACAGGGUCUAUGUCCCGGUUUCCCGCAGUCGCGGGCAGGGCGCCAAGGCGGCAGGAGGAGGGCGAACGACCAAGAGAGCUCCAGGAAGAGCGUCCGUCAGCUGCUCGCAUCGCUGACAGAGUUCUGAGACAUCGGCAGAUCGUCACAGGUCCUUUAAUUGCACAGUUGUUUUUGUGUUGUUGCAGAAGAAAAAGGAUGCACAUCGCAGGAGGGAGGGACAACGCCAACUUUUCCCAUUCAGAAACAAAGAAAAAAGCUUAUUCAAGCUGUGAGGGACAACUCGUUCCUCAUUGUCACUGGGAACACAGGAAGUGGUAAAACAACUCAGCUCCCUAAAUACCUUUAUGAAGCAGGGUUUUCACAAUAUGGUAUGAUUGGUGUGACUCAGCCACGAAAAGUAGCUGCCAUAUCAGUUGCUCAGAGAGUUGCUGAAGAAAUGAAAUGCACCUUGGGAUCUAAAGUAGGAUACCAAGUUCGUUUUGAUGAUUGUAGCUCCAAGGAAACAGCAAUCAAAUACAUGACUGAUGGAUGUUUACUUAAACAUAUUUUGGGAGAUCCAAAUCUUAACAAAUUCAGUGUCAUUAUUUUGGAUGAAGCCCAUGAAAGGACUUUAACUACAGAUAUCUUAUUUGGUUUACUGAAGAAGCUGUUUCAAGAUAAGUCUCCUAACAGGAAGGAACAUUUAAAAGUGGUGGUGAUGUCAGCAACUAUGGAACUAGCCAAGCUCUCUGCGUUCUUUGGAAAUUGCCCCAUAUUUGAUAUACCUGGAAGGCUCUAUCCAGUCAGAGAGAAAUUCUGCAAUUUGAUUGGCCCUCGAGACAGAGAAAAUACUGCAUAUAUUCAAGCGAUUGUGAAAGUGACCAUGGAUAUUCAUUUGAAUGAAAUGGCUGGAGACAUCUUAGUUUUUUUGACUGGCCAAUUUGAAAUAGAGAAGAGUUGUGAGCUGCUUUUUCAGAUGGCUGAGUCUGUCGAUUACGAUUAUGAUGUACAAGACACCACGCUAGAUGGCUUGUUGAUACUCCCUUGUUAUGGAUCUAUGACAACAGAUCAACAGAGGAGAAUAUUUUUGCCACCUCCACCUGGAAUUAGAAAAUGUGUCAUAUCCACCAAUAUUUCUGCAACAUCUUUGACAAUAGAUGGAAUCAGGUAUGUAGUGGACGGAGGCUUUGUGAAGCAGCUAAAUCACAACCCCAGAUUAGGGUUGGACAUCCUGGAGGUGGUUCCUAUUUCCAAAAGUGAAGCAUUACAGCGAAGUGGCCGAGCUGGCAGGACUGCCUCAGGAAAAUGCUUUCGGAUUUAUAGUAAAGACUUUUGGAACCAGUGCAUGCCUGAUCAUGUGAUCCCGGAGAUUAAGAGAACUAGUUUGACAUCUGUAGUUCUGACAUUAAAGUGCCUUGCCAUACAUGAUGUCAUAAGGUUUCCAUAUUUGGAUCCACCUAAUGAGAGACUUAUUUUGGAAGCACUUAAACAGCUUUAUCAGUGUGAUGCUAUUGACAGGAGUGGUCAUGUGACAAGAUUGGGUUUAUCCAUGGUGGAGUUUCCUCUCCCCCCACAUCUGACAUGUGCAGUGAUCAAGGCUGCUUCUCUUGAUUGUGAAGAUUUACUGCUUCCAAUAGCAGCAAUGUUAUCUGUGGAAAAUGUCUUUAUCAGACCGGUUGAUCCAGAGUACCAGAAGGAAGCAGAACAGAGACAUCGAGAAUUGGCAGCAAAAGCUGGAGGAUUUAAUGACUUUGCAACUUUAGCUGUCAUUUUUGAACAAUGCAAGUCAAGUGGAGCUCCAGCUUCAUGGUGUCAAAAGCAUUGGAUCCACUGGCGGUGCUUGUUUUCUGCAUUUCGUGUGGAAGCUCAACUUCGGGAACUGAUCAGGAAACUUAAACAGCAAAGUGAUUUCCCAAGAGAGACUUUUGAAGGCCCUAAACAUGAAGUACUACGAAGAUGUCUUUGUGCAGGCUACUUCAAAAAUGUUGCUCGAAGAUCUGUUGGCAGAACGUUUUGCACAAUGGAUGGGCGUGGAAGUCCAGUUCAUAUUCAUCCUUCCUCAGCACUUCAUGAACAGGAAACUAAACUUGAAUGGAUUAUUUUUCAUGAAGUAUUAGUUACCACCAAAGUCUAUGCAAGAAUUGUAUGUCCAAUCCGUUAUGAAUGGGUAAGAGACUUACUACCCAAGUUGCAUGAACUUAAUGCACAUGAUUUGAGCAGUGUCGCUAGACGUGAAAUGAGAGAAGAUGCAAGAAGAAAAUGGACAAAUAAGGAAAAUGUGAAACAGCUAAAGGAUGGAAUAUCAAAAGAAGUUCUAAAGAAAAUGCAAAGAAGAAAUGAUGACAAAUCUAUCUCAGAUGCACGGGCUCGUUUCCUUGAGAGAAAGCAGCAGAGAAUCCAGGACCACAGUGACACGCUGAAGGAAACGGGCUAAGCAGUGAACCAUCCACUUCAGGAAGUAGGAAAGCAGCCAGGAAAUGUGCUUCUGUUUUGCCAGUUAUUUCAGACAGUACUGUCAAGUGGAAGUGGUCAGCAGCUGUUCCUAGCCUGUGAGCUAAAAGCAAAUCAGAAUUUAUAAAUCACAUCUUAUCAAUACCAACAAAUGACAUUUUUGAAAUAAAAGAUUGGGUUGCAAAGUCAUAGGCAAUGGUACAUGAAACCAAUGAAAGAUGAUACAAUAUUUUCCUCACUUCUGUUUUGCUGGCCUUAACAGGUAUCAAACGCUAUCACUGAGAUAUUUUCAAAGAACACUGAAUUGUAUUUAAUCAGCGUGUAUUCCAUUUGCAUUGAACAUUAAAGAUUAUUUUCCUUAAAUCUCUUCAAGGCCUUCUUAUUACUAUUAGAAUAGUGUUGUAUCAGGUAUGUGACCAUUUCCUUCAGAAGGCUAAACUUAAGAAGUUUUUACUCAGCAAUACUUAGAUGUCUAACCAUUUAAUUGCUCCAGAGCUUUAUAGAUAUUUAAAGAUUCAAUUAGUAAAUAAAAUUGCCUAUGGCAGGAUUCUUUCUUAAAUUAAUCCUAAUCCUUAAAUUGAUUUUUCUGGGAUUAUACAAAUUCCUUUUUUAUAUAAAAAUAUAUUGUUUAAAACAGUAGCUAUAGCCAUUAACCAAAGGACAGUGUAUAUACACAGACACACACACACACUCACAGUUCUUUUUAACUUCCUACAUACUUUUGUCAACCAAUGUAUGUAGGUGUGACAGUGCUUUCAAGCAGCCCCUCGACCAGGCCUAUUCUCUUGACUACAGCUGCUUGGGUAGGACCAUUUAAACACAUAUUAUUCUAAUCCUGAGAUGGGAUUUUCAAAGCUGCCAACACUUCACUAGUAUUUCAAAUCAGAACCUUAAGGCUAACAUCAUACUCAGGCCACAUUCAGCACUUGCCUCCUCUUCUUGUUUACUGCCUUGUAUUGUAGUUAUGUGUGUAUGUCUGUCUUCCUCAUUAGAUUAUACGCUCCUUGUGGGCAGGGUCUCUGUCUUUCACCUUUGUAUCUUUCAUGGCACCUAGCAUCGUGCUUUGCACAUAGUAGUCACUCAGUGUUUGUUAAAUAAAGCUAUUAGUGUCACUAAAACCCAA